GUCCUCCGGGGACAAUGGUGUGCCACGAGUGGAUGAGACCGUUCAGAAAGUUGAUACAUACUCAAAUCAGUUUUUUGAACUACAGCAGUCUCGGUGGAGUUGACCCGAACCGUUCGACGUUCGUGAAAUUCCUCUAUCUUUCGUACAAAGUAUGGAUGUUGACGAUGAUGAACAUCUUCGCGAUCACAAUACUCGCGGACAUUUACGUGAACUGGAACAAGUUAUCGGUCACCACCGACGACGGUUGCAUCUUCGCCGGGAUCGUCGUAGUGAUUUUCAAGGCGAUCAUCCAUCAAGCACGACGCAAAGACAUGAUACGGUUGUUGAACGACAUACUAAACUGCGCGGACGAUCUCUGCGAAUUUUCUGGUCGGUAUUACUGUUUUAGGUGCGUCGUUUCACGGCCGCGGUCGUAACGUAAAAAUGAACAGUGCGUACAUUUCGUGAAAUAAGACGCGUACGAGUAGCGGUAAAGAGCGGCUGUUCAUUAAUCGAGGCAUACUUUUUCAUUUUUCUACGGCCCAUUCAGACUGCGAUCUUCCUCGAGGAUUUAUUCACAAUUACUCCGUACAUUUCUCUCGACAAUUCUGUUAACCCUGUUGUCCUAUUAAGCAUUAAGAUUUCUCAUAAACGUUCCCUCUUUAUCUUAACUGAAACUCGGAACUUACAAUCUUCAGUCUAAUUCUCUGCACAUUUUUAUUCUUAAUGUACAGAAACAUGAAAAGAUGCAUCGUUUCGUUUCCCAUAGAAACGUUUAUAUAGGGUGUCCCAA